AUACAGGAGACAAAAUACCAUAUCUGCCUUCAUCAUACAGAACUUGAACUCUACUAUCCAAACCUUAAAGAGAAAUUUACUCUUUAAUUCUUAUAAAUAUCACUCGCGGCACCAAGCAGUUGAUAAGAAGAACACAUCACACCAAAUGGGGCGUUGGAUGAGACCCGAGGUAUACCCACUAAUGGCGGCCAUGACAUUCGUUACGGGAAUGUGCGUUUUUCAACUGACAAGAAAUGUUCUCUUAAACCCUGAUGUCAGGAUCAGCAAAGUUCAUCGUAGCAUGGCAGUACUAGAAAAUGAAGAAGAAGGAGAAAAGUAUGCACAGCACAGCCUUCGCAAAUUCCUUCGAACUCGUCCUCCUCAAGUCAUGCCUUCUAUCAACCGUUUCUUCUCUGAUCAUGACAAAAACUGAAAUCCCUAAUAACCAUGUUUUGUCCUUUAAAAAAAAUAUAAUAUUGCUUUCUUUUUCCAAAAUAUCCGUGUGUACAAAAAGAUUAUAAGUCGUGAUAAUUGGUCUAUAUUUCUUGCUCCUUUUUUUUUUCUUUCUAAAUGUUUGGGAUAUAGUGAAAAGAACAUGUGGAUUCUUGAUUAUCCCAUGUCGGGUUGAAGUCGUCAUUCUGUGUAAUUUGAGUGUUUCUAUAACGAUAUACUGGGGUGUACAUAGGUCGGGUUGAUUCGGAUUUUGCAAUUACCAAAUCAAAUCAA